AUUUCAGUGUCAACAUAACGCAACAAACCUCCAACAGCUCAGGACAGUUUUCUGGGGCCCCAUGAGUGUGAGGAGUCAGUCGGUGAAGGAGAGGCUCCCCUCAUGGCUCUGUUCCCCGGCCGCCUGCCGCCGCUCGCUGUCUCCCCCUCGGCUCUGAGCCUCUCCGGAACCCCGCUGAUCUACCUGUACGGAGGGGACAGCACCUUGAGCCUGGUUCCGGGGUCCCAGGAGCCCCCCCAGAAGCCUCCUUACAGCUACAUCGCGCUCAUCGCCAUGGCCAUCAGGAGCGCGCCCGGGCAGCGCGCCACGCUCAGCGGCAUCUACCAGUUCAUCAUGGAUCGGUUCCCUUUCUACCAGGACAACAAGCAGGGCUGGCAGAACUCCAUCCGGCACAACCUGUCGCUGAACGACUGCUUCAUCAAGCUGCCCAGAGAGAAGGGCCGGCCGGGGAAGGGCAGCUACUGGACCCUGGACUCCAGCUGUCUGGAUAUGUUUGAAAACGGAAACUACCGCCGCAGGAAGAGGAGGGCCAAGAGCCAGCAGGACUCGCCAGACUCCAAAGAUCCUGGAUCGAGACGCGCCAAAGUGUCCGCGUCGUCCAGGGGAACUCUGAACUCUGAUUGGCGGACAGCAACGGCGCCAAAUAAAGAGCCGAACACAGAACCGGUUCUUUUAAAGUUCACCCAGCAGAAUCCAGCCGCACAGAGACAAAAAGCUCAUAUUUCCACGGAACCCCACGCUGAUCCAGGAUCGGCUCAGCGCGCCAACCUGCCCGCUGCCGCACAGCAAACACCGAGAGCGAACGAACAGAGGACGGACAGGUCCAAAGGGUUCACCAUCGACAGCAUCCUAUCCAAAAAUCAAGACGAAGCGCGCAGCCGCGUCCUGGACAUUUCAGCGGAGAGUCUGUGCGCGCCCCCGCUCAUCAGUGCGCAUCCCCAUCACCUGGUCCAGGUGGGACUCCCCUUCUGCUCCUACCUGUCUCUCACCUGCUCGGACUCAGCGCUGCGCUUCCACUGAAGGGGAGAGGGCAAAAACAGUCAAGGAUUUUUACGCACAGAUGCGUAAAAGUUUGCCAAUGAAAGCUGUAUUUACCCAGAAACCGCAAGAUCUGCGCCAUUUUUAUUACGUUCAUCACCAUCAUCAGCAUUUAAACAAUACAGCAGAACAACAGGCAGAAAGACAGGCGUAAUUACUGAGUGUUUUUGUUCAUGUGUGACUUCUUGUUUCUUUGAUUGUUGCAGAUAAAAAACGUUUAAAUGCAUUUUUUGUUGUACUUUAACACGACAGGGCAUGGAGAUGCCAAACAAUGUGAGGAUUAACUUUACUGGACGCUGUAACCAAAACAUAUAAACUGAUCAGCUCUGCCUUGGAAUGUUGCAAAAAUAAAGUUCAGGUAGAGA